AUGGCCACCCCCCAGGCGACAAAGCGCUUGACGCGCGAGUACAAGACCAUCUCCCAGAACCCGCCGCCCUACAUCGUCGCCCACCCCUCCGAGACCAACAUCCUCGAGUGGCACUAUGUUCUCACCGGCCCGCCCAGCACCCCGUACGAGGGCGGCCAGUUCUGGGGCACCCUCAUGUUCCCUCCCGACUACCCGUUCGCUCCGCCCGCCAUCCGCAUGCACACGCCGUCCGGCCGCUUCCAGCCUUCGACGCGCCUCUGCCUCAGCAUCUCCGACUUCCACCCCAAGAGCUUCAACCCGGCCUGGGAGGUCAGCACCAUCCUCAUCGGCCUGAUGAGCUUCAUGACGAGCGAGGAGAUGACCACCGGCAGCGUCCGCGCCUCGGAUGCCGAGCGCAAGCUGUUCGCCAGCAGGUCCCGCUGGUCAAACUCGACCGGCAACGGCUCGCACCCCGCCUCGGCUCGCUCCCGCGCCGCCGGCGCGGCCAACAUCAAGGCCGGCGACGGUGGGGCCAAGUUCCGCCAGGAGUGGCCUGAGCUCGACGCUGAGAACUGGCGCUGGAUGAAGGACAACAAGAUCGACCCCGCCACCGGCAUGCCCCAGCUGCCGCAGCUCGACGGCCACCCCGCAUGCGCUCCCGAGGCCGCCGCCCUGCGGAGGCGCCCCGUCGGCAGCGGCAGCCUGGGUGCUGUCGUCGAGGGAGGCCAGGUCGCCCGAGAGGCCGGCCAGGGCUGGCUGAGCCGCAACAAGUACAUGAUCGGCGCCGCUUUCCUGUUUGGCUAUGUCCUGGUCUGUCGCGUCCUCGGCGUUGAGACAUCUUGA